GACUUUUUACUGUUUCUUGAUGGUGCAUUGAUAAGUUCGGAGGUUAACACUCUAAAUAGCUCAGGUUCGGAUCUCUGCAUAAACGUUGACAGGUGUACCACUGUCGUAUUUUAUCUGCCGUCAUGAAAUAAACAUAAGGGGUAACACUGUCGAUAUUUAUCAAGUAAAACAUAGGGGGUAACACUGUUGUUUUUUCUUGGGUCGACAUGAAAAAAACCACAAGGGGCUUGUAAAAAAAGACACUGAAAAGACACUUGAGGGUCCUGCUUCAAGGCGUACAACGUCGUCGGUUUCCGGUUUCAAUCAUACAAAGUACAGCAGCUACAAAGCAUAGGAAUCUCCAAGUGUGUAAAAUGGCCGUGCGACGUGCCGCCCUGAAGGCGGUGGACUGGGUGGCGUUUGCCGAGAGGGUGCCCCCCAACCAGAGGACUAUGUUCAACACCCUCAAGACCCGCAGUGACGCCCUCGCUGCCAAGCUAACCUCUUUGCCAGAGAAGCCAGUCACCAUUGACCGGACCUACUACAGGUCUGCUGUAGCCAAAGCUGGCAUGGUGGAAGAGUUUAAAAAGACGUUCACUGCCCUGAAGGUCCCAGAGCCAGUGGACACCCAGUGUGCCCUCGUCAACAGCCAGGAGGCAGAGGCGCUUGAGAAGUUCCACAACAUGAUCCCCUUCGAUCAGAUGACCAUUGAGAGACUGGAGAAGCAGAAAUAGCCAUACUGGCCCCACAAGCCCAUCGCUGAUCUGUAAACACACGGAUGGACGUCCCAGUAUUAUGUUUAUUUGUAUUGUACAUCACUAAAAGUGAAUGAAUGACUGUAUAGAAAUGUAUAUAAACUUUUCAUUCAUUCGUAACUUAUUAAAAGGA